AUGGCCUCCUCAAAUAUUGAUGUGGACAAAAUGUCUGAAAAAGACAUGGUUCAUUUGUUGAAAGAAAUGGGGUUUGCUCAAGAGAAGUUAGUGCAAGAAGCGGCAAAAAGCUCCGGUGGUGAUCUUUAUCAAGCGUUGGCAUAUUUAGAAGCAUAUCAAAGCCCAAAACCCUCGGUGGCGGACCAAGAUCUUAUUGAUUUAGACGAACCAGAAUUAUCACAUAAAGCAUCACAUCUUACCUGUUUCGAUCAGCCGCAAAAUGAGCUAAGGAAUGAUUUGAGUUAUGACGACGUCAAAAAUCCGACAAUUGAGGAAAACUACGACGAAAGUGAUGCGGAAUUUACAAACGCUGUUUGGCAAUCGAAUAUUAGAGUAGAACAUGCCACUAGUGAACAAGAAUAUAGGGAAGAAAUACCCGUAAGUGUCUUGAAUCAUGAUUCCCUGGGGGAUGGCUAUAAUGCUGAUUAUAACAACCGGUAUUCAUACGUUAAUGAUGGUUACAAUUCAUAUGGAGAGAAUUAUUCUUCUCAAUGCCAACCUGGGAAUCUUAUAGCCGAAAAGCAAAAGUCUAUAUUUGAAGACUGUUCCAAGUUUAAAUGCGACCAGGUACCUCUGGUGAUUACCCCGGUUGAUACCCCAUUUUUUGAAAAUUACUUUGUGUAUGUAAUUAUGAUAUUUCAUGAGAUCCCAAGUUUACGAAAUAUCCUACUAUCCAAAGGAUUCGAAUCAUAUGGAUACCGUGCAAAUUGGUGGAAGGAUGAGAUUAUUAGUCUCCCGCCGGAUGUCACUAAUGGUGGUGGUGAUGCUUCAUCUAACAAUUUGAAAUUCUUGAUGGAAAUUCAAAGACUAUUGGGGUUUUUGGAUGGAAAUUAUUCCAAGCGAUCUUUUGCGUCUACAAAAUCGUACACAAGAUCUCUUCCUUCGAAUAUCACUAGUGAUUUGGAAACUGAGCCAAUAUCUGAUGUUUUCCAUUCAUUUUAUGAGACCAUCAUCGCCCAACUUAGUGAAAUGAGACCUGAAAUUUCGGAAGUCGUCUCGAAUUUAUUCAACUCAAAAAUUUCUACUGAAGAUGAUCAUACCCUGGUGUUUGUGAUCGAGAGUGAUGUGGUUAAACCAAACUUUUAUGAGACUUUGCAUAAUUUAUUUUGGCAAGAGAGCUUACAAGGGUUGGGGAUAAUUUAUUUUGAAAAAUUAUCAGACAUCAUCACGGUGUCGUACCAAGGGUUUGAGCCUUCAUAUUCUUCUUCUUCGGGGCUUAUUAUUGAAGCACUAUUUUACCCGCAAAUCUACACUAAGAAAUAUGAAGCGUUGAUUAGACAAAUGGUUCAAAAGCAAUUUGAAAAAGCAAGAAAAAUUCAGGAAUAUUCUUCUGUCAAUGGUUCAUUAGUGGCAUUCCAAGGUAAACGAGUGAAGACAUUUUUGAAAGGGGCAAUUGAUCAUCUUGUCGAAUUGAAUGAUGGGGAAGUUGAUAAUGAUUUAUUUGAAGCAAUAGAGGAUUUGAACUUAUUGGAGGAAAAUAUCAAUGACAAAGGAGUCGAAAUCAGUUCGGAAAAGGAAAAACUCGAGAAGGAGUCGUCAACUAUUGAUAUUUCUAACAUUGAAAAUAUUUUGAAUUUCAUUAAGAAUUUGCCUAAACAGGAUAAAACAGGAGACCAAGCAGAUCAAGGGGAAAUCAAUAAUAAUGAUUCGAAAGACGGGUGCUUGAUGUUCGAAGACUAUCAAGAGAUUUUGGACAACCCAUACUGCUUGACGGGUGUGAUAAUCAACGAAGUGGAAUUUUAUUAUUUGCUCAAUUCGUCACACCCAUUGUUUCCUGGUGUUUGGGUACAUUUGCAUUAUGAAGGUGAUCCGAAAACUACCAAUUUCCACGCCCAAGCUUCGGAUUUUCAAACCAUCAGAAACCGAGUUGAAGAAAUAUCUAAACUUGGCACCGAAGAUAACUUGGUGUUGAUAUAUGCUAAAAAAGCGUUUGUCUCUGAAGAUAAGCAAUCCGAAAUCCCCCCAGCGUUGAAAGAAUUUCUAGAGAAAGAUAAUCAAAAUCUUGAUGCUACCGUUCAAGAAUGGGAAAAAAGUCAAGAGAUCGUUAAUUAUGAAAAAGGUAGAGCUUCUGAUUUAACUGAAGAUGAUGAGGAAAGUGAGGAGAUGGAUUAUGUUAAUGACACCGAUGAUGUGAUUGUCACUUCUAAAAGUUUAAUCGUGGAGCCAUUGAAGGAUCAGAACCAUGCUCCUGCUGCAAACUCCAAAGGAAACAAUAAUAUCGAUCCCGUUGUAUCAGGAACUUCAAAUUCAUAG